AUGUGGUUUGCGCAACAGUCUGCCAUCUCUCUGGGAUAUUGUAGUCCUGGUAUUGAAGUUAAAGUCAUGUUCGUUAUUGUCUAUGUGGCCAGAGCCCAGCCCUUGGGUAUUUUUGUUACUAGUAAAGAGAAGGCAACGCUCCCGAGAUAUUUGAUAAUUUUUGAUGAUCCUAAUUUAAGAGUCUAA